CUCUGCUACAAUUUCCCCGAAGAUGGCGGCGAGCGGACGUGUUCACCUACUCUUACUGUUGAUGUCAGUGCCAUUCUGUCUGUGUACCGUUCAAGGCUUGAAAGCACCUAGCGGCAAUGGAAACGGACUCGGUAAUCCGCCAGCAAACCCUCCGGUUCCCGUUAAUAUUAUUGGAGCGCCCGGUCCAGUCAAUAACGUCCCAGUUGCUCCUGCUGUUGCGGCCAUGACGCAGCCUCGGAGGGCUACCGGGUGGAAGCUGGCCGAAGAGCAGUCCUGCCGGGACGACUUGACCCGGCUUUGUCCCAAACACACAUGGAGCAACAAUUUAGCUGUCCUGGAGUGUUUACAGGACAGAAAGGAGGAAACCGAGAUUGCCGUCGACUGCAACCAUUUGCUAUGGAACUACAAGCUGAACCUGACAAUGGAUCCCAAAUUUGAAUCUGUGGCCAUGGAGAUCUGCAAGAGUACUAUCACUGAGAUUAAGGAGUGUUCGGAGGAGGAGCGUGGUAAGGGUUACCUGGUGUCCUGCCUGGUGGAUCACCGUGGUAACAUCACAGAGUACCAGUGUCACCAGUACAUCACCAAGAUGACCUCUAUCGUCUUCUCAGACUACAGACUCAUCUGUGGCUUCAUGGACAAGUGUAGAGAGGACAUCAACACGCUACGCUGUGGAAGCAUCAACGUUGGAGAGAAGGACAUCCAUUCGCAGGGUGAGGUCAUAGCGUGUCUGGAGAAAGCCUUAGUCCGAGAGGCGGAGCAACAGGACCAGGCUCAUCCAAUCAGAGAGGAGUGUAAGAAGAGCAUCAUGCGCGUAGCGGAGCUGUCGUCAGACGACUUCCACCUGGACAGAUUCCUGUACUUCUCCUGCCGAGAGGACCGAGAACGCUUCUGUGAAAACACCCAAGCAGGAGAGGGCAAGGUCUACAAGUGUCUCUUCAGCCACAAGUUUGAGGAGGCCAUGUCUGAGAAGUGUCGAGAGGCCCUGACCACGCGUCAGAAGCUGAUAACCCAGGACUACAAGGUUAGCUACUCUCUGACCAAGGCCUGUAAGGCUGACCUCAGGAAGCACCGCUGUAACCUGGACACCAACAUGCCCCGCGCUAGAGAGGCACGACUAUCAUAUCUGCUACUAUGCCUGGAGUCUGCUGUACACAGGGGUCGUACAGUGUCUGAGGACUGCCAGGGGGAGAUGUUGGAGUACCGUAGGAUGCUGAUAGAGGAUUUCUCUCUGAGUCCAGAAAUAGUGCUCCACUGUAGAGGGGAGAUCGAGACCCACUGCUCCGGACUCCACAGGAAAGGACGUACCCUCCACUGUCUAAUGAGGGUGGGCCGGGGGGACAAGGGAAGCACAGUGGAUGGACUCUGUCAGAGCGCGCUCCAGACCUUGAUCCAGUCAGCUGAUCCUGGAUCAGACUACAGGAUAGACCGGGCCCUGAACGAAGCUUGUGAGUCUGUUAUACAGACGGCCUGCAAACACAUCCGCAGCGGGGACCCCAUGAUCCUGUCUUGCCUGAUGGAGCACCUGUAUACAGAGAAGAUGGUGGAGGACUGUGAACGCAGACUACUGGAGCUACAGUACUUCAUCUCUAGAGACUGGAAACUGGACCCCAUUCUGUAUAAGAAGUGCCAGGGUGACGCUGCCCGGCUGUGCCACACCCACGGCUGGAAUGAGACCAGCGAGCUGAUGCCACCUGGUGCAGUGUUCUCGUGUCUCUAUCGCCAUGCCUACCGCACCGAGGAGCAGGGACGACGGCUGUCUCGUGACUGUAAGGUAGAGGUACAGAGGAUCCUCCACCAGAGGGCGCUAGAUGUGAAACUAGACCCUGAUCUCCAGAAGCGCUGUUUGACUGACCUGGGGAAGUGGUGUAGUGACAAGACUGGCACGGGUCAGGAGUUGGAGUGUCUGCAGGACCACCUGGAAGACCUGCUGUCAGGGUGUGGAGAGGUGGUGGGCAACCUGACAGAGCUGCAGUCUGAGGACAUUCAUAUUGAGGCCCUGCUGAUCCGGGCCUGUCAGCCUGUCAUCCAGUCUCACUGCCAUGAUGUAUCUGAUAACCAGGUGGAUACAGGGGAUGUGAUGGAGUGUCUGGUUCAGAACAAACACCAGAAGGAGAUGAACAGCAAGUGUACCGUGGGAGUGACACACUUCCAGCUGAUCCAGAUGAAGGACUUUCGUUUCUCCUACAAAUUCAAGAUGGCGUGUAAAGAGGACGUGCUCAAGCUCUGCCCCAACAUCAAGAAGAAGGUGGAUGUAGUGAUCUGUCUCAGUACUACAGUGAGGAAUGACACUCUGCAGGACGUCAAGGAGCAACGUGUCUCUCUCAAGUGUCGGAAACAACUCAGAGUAGAGGAGCUGGAGAUGUCAGAGGACAUUCGUUUGGAACCUGAGUUGUAUGACGUGUGUAAGACGGACAUCGGGCGGCUCUGCUCCAACGUGGUGUUCGGUAACGCUCAGAUGAUGGAGUGUUUAAAGGAGAGGAAGAAGCAGCUGUCUCAGCAGUGUCACCAGAGGGUGUUUAAACUACAGGAGGGAGAGAUGCUGGAUCCAGAACUGGACUACCAGCUCAUGAGGGUCUGCAAGCAGAUGAUUAAGCGGUUCUGUACAGAUGUGGAUGCUAAGAACAUGCUGCAGUGUCUGAAACAGAACAAGAACUCUGAACUGAUGGAUCCCAAGUGUAAACAGAUGAUCACCAAGAGACAGAUCACACAGAACACAGACUACAGGUUGAACCCAAUAUUGAGAAAGGCCUGUAAGGCAGACAUCCCUAAAUUCUGUCAGCCAAUCCUGAACAAGGCCAGUGAUGACAGUGAACUGGAGGGCCAGGUGAUUGGUUGCCUGAAGCUGAAAUACGCCGACCAGCGUCUGUCUCCAGACUGUGAGGACCAGAUCAGAGUGAUUCUUCAGGAGUCGGCGCUGGACUACAGACUGGACCCCCAGCUACAGAUCCACUGUGCUGAGGAGAUCCCCGGUCUGUGUGCGGAGGAGGCAGUGGCCCAGGAGCAGACAGGUCAGGUGGAGGAGUGUCUGAAGGCCAACCUGUUGAAGAUCAAACAUGACUUGUGUAAGAAGGAGGUGCUGAACAUGUUGAAGGAGAGCAAGGCAGACGUCUUCGUUGAUCCUGUCCUCCACACGGCCUGUGCCCUUGACCUCAAACACCAGUGUGCUGCCGUCACGCCGGGCAGAGGACGACAGAUGUCAUGUCUACUGGAGUCGUUGCAGGAUAAGAGAGUCCGUCUGCAGCCAGAGUGUAAGAAGAGACUCCAGGACCGCAUGGACAUGUGGAGCUACGCUGCCAAGGUCGCUCCAGCAGAGGGUUUUUCAGACCUUGCCAUGCAGGUGAUGACCUCCCCCUCUAAGAACUACAUCCUGUUUAUAAUCUCCCUGGGGGUGAUUGUCCUCUUCCUGGUCGGCCUGCUGUGUGGACGCAUCACCAAGAGAGUCACCAGGGAACUGAAGGACAGGUAGAGAGAGGGGGGAUGAACAGACCUCCCUGGGAUGAACGGACCUCCCUGGGACAGACGGACCUCCCUGGGACAGACGGACCUCCUUUGGACAGACGGACCUCCCUGGGACAGACGGACCUCCCUGGGACAGACGGACCUCCUUUGGACAGACGGACCUUCCUGGGACAGACUGACUCCCAAAUGGUACUAUUGCCGAUAUAGUGCACUACUUGUGACCAGAGCCCUGUGGGGGUCCUUCACACCUGGACCUGACAUCACAGAACAAUGUCAAUGUUGUCAUCUCCUUGGUCCACUUCAUCAACUGGCUUUGUGUGAGAACUAACUCUAUGGGUCUCUGGUCAGAAGUACUGCACUAUGUAGGGAACAGGGUUCCACCUGGUAGGCAGAAACAGACUGUCUCUUCCAAAGGCCCAACUAAAAAAAAACAGCCCGGGCUUGCCCCAGCCACCUCCGCCCCUUUCCAGCCCCCCUACCACCACCCAGAGCCCCAGUCUGGGCUUGCCCCAGCCACCUCCGCCCCUCUCCAGCCCCCCUACCACCACCCAGAGCCCCAGUCUGGGCUUGCCCCAGCCACCUCCGCCCCUCUCCAGCCCCCCUACCACCACCCAGAGCCCCAGUCUGGGCUUGCCCCAGCCACCUCCGCCCCUCUCCAGCCCCCCUACCACCACCCAGAGCCCCAGUCUGGGCUUGCCCCAGCCACCUCCGCCCCUCUCCAGCCCCCCUAUCACCACCCAGAGCCCCAGUCUGGGGGUCCACCCGUAACCAGCCAAGCUCCACAGAGCCAGAGGAGCCAUGUUAGGACCCCCACCUCACCAGAACCUGAUCCACUCCACUACUACUGAGAAGGUGCCCUGAACCACCUCCUGAAGCCGGAUACUGUAGGCCCAAAUGGUCCUAAAACUGGCCCUGAACCUCCUCCUGAAGCAGGAUACUGUUGGUCCUACUGGUCCUAAAACUGUCCCUGAACCACCUCCUGAAGCAGGAUACUGUUGGUCCUAAAACUGGCCCUGAACCUCCUCCUGAAGCAGGAUACUGUUGGUCCUACUGGUCCUAAAACUGGCCCUGAACCUCCUCCUGAAGCA